GCAUCCAUGCAAGAGGGGUACCGAUCUGACGAACAACAGAGCUGACCCAUGGCCGAACCCCAACAGGACAUGAGGGAGAAGCCAGCAGGUGAAUAUAAACAAGGCUCCAAUCCGCAGUUGCCAGCUGACCCAGGGGAUGCCAAACCUGAGGACACCUGUGUAGGUGAUCUAGAGCUGGUGCUUAAAGUCAGAAUUCAGAGUCCCAGAGAAAAUGACUUCAUUGAAGUUGAACUGAACAGAGGAGAGCUGAGUUAUCAGAAUCUACUAAAAGUCAGUUGCUGUGAACUGGGGAUUGAACCAGAGCGAGUGAAGACGAUCAGAAAACUACCAAACACACUGCUCAGAAAGGACAAAGACAUUCUAAGACUAUGGGACUUUCAGGAAAUAGAACUCAUCCUAAUGAAAAACAGAAGCUCUGAAUUGGUAGAAUACACACCAUCCCUGACAGAGAAGCCCUGCUACAACAGCAAUGCUGCAAAACUGACCUAUUAGAAAAUCCCAGAAAUGAAA